GCCCGGCGCCUGGAGUCCCCAUGGGCUGGACGUCCUUGUGUGUGACCUGUGUGGGAGGGCUCUGCUGCUUCUGCCUGCAUUUUCAGUUUCAUUUUCUUUCAUUUUGAUUUUUAUCAGAACCACGCAGCUCCACCUGUGGCACCAGCAGCCUGUUCGGUGCCGGGGUUCUGGGUCCGUCUGCAGCAGCAGCGUCUAGAAGAGCCGCGGCCGCCCAGGCUGGAGCCCGGAGCCCAGUAACGCAGCAUCAGCGCUGGCGGCGGUAACUGCUGCAGUGGGUGUGUCCCUCCUGACCCCGCUCUGCUGCAGAUGUCUCAGGAAUUGCGGCGGCAGAGCCGCCCCACCGCCCUGCUCAUCCCCACGGCGCGGGGCGGGCGAGCACGGCGCGCCAUGUACCUGCUGCUGGCCCUGAGCACCGCGGCGCUGUACCUCGCCGGGGAGUCCCUCACGCCCGCCGCUCGCAGCCUCGUCUCCCACUUUGUGGCCCUGCAGAUCGGGGUGCUGCUCAAGGGCAUCUGCUACCUGGCUGAGGAGAUCUUCCACCUGCAGUCCAGGCACCACGGCAGCUUCUGGAGGGCCCUGAGCGCCUGCGUCCCCCUGCACCGGCACCUGCCCUCGUUGCUCGUCUCUGGCUCAGCCUACGUGGCUCUUUUCGAUGGAGACAGGUGGCAGCUGGGCCUCCACCUCAUCCUGGCCAGCCUGGGCCAUCUCCUCACCUUCGUGCUGGGACUGAACAAGCCCUCGGCGGUGGAAAUGUCUGAGAUGUUUGAGAAGUCCAAGCAGAACGUCGCUCAUGGGCUGGCCUGGUCUUAUUACGUUGGGUACCUAAAAAUAGUCCUGCCACGGGUGAAAAAGUCGAUGGAGGAAUUCAGCAGAGCCAACCCCAACGUGCUGACAUGCAGGGAGACCUGGAAGCUCCACAUCUUGAUCCCUCUGAGCUGUGACGUCUAUGAUGACCUGGAGAAAGUUGACAGCAAUAUCCAGUACCUGACAGACCUCGCCGAAACUACCCUGAGCCGAGCUGGCACCAAAAAAAGGGUCUAUAAACACAGCCUGUACGCCAUCAGGGAUGAAGACAACAAGCUCUGGCACUGCGCAGUGGAGUACGCCACCCCGCUGCAGUCCCUCCACGCCAUGUCCCAGGAUGACUGUGCCGCCUUCAGCCGGGAGGACCGCGUGGAGCAGGCCAAGCUGUUCUACAGGACGCUGGAGGAGAUCCUGAGAGGCUCCCGGGAGUGCGUGGGCACCUACCGGCUCGUGGCCUACGAGGAGUCAGGUGAAGCAGAGACCCACUUCUUGUCCAGAGAGCUGCUCUGGCACCUGCGGCAGCAGCACUGUGAGGAAUACACCGUGCACGAGGGGACUCGCCCCUGCAGCCCAUCCACGACCUUCACCUCGACAGAGCUCAACCUCCAGAUCAGCGCGUCAGACCUGCCGCAGCCCUUGCGAAGCGACGGCUUCUGAACCGCAGCGCUGGCCGCCCCGCACCGCGGCUCGGGGCUCCGCUCCCCGGCCCCAGCCCCUUCCUCCCACAUCCCGUGCCGCCCGCGGCCGCCAUCCGCAGCUCCUGCAGGAACUUCCCACCACAACCUCCUGUGCACCACGUGGACUGGGAACAGCUGACUCAAACCACAGCCCUGUGGCACAGUUCCCAUCUUCUUGGUUAUGUAUAUCUCGUAUAUUAAUUGUUGGUUUUCGAUCUGCUUUGAUUUGUGUCAUAUAAAGCGUUUUCUUCUGGGGCAAGUGCAUUAUCCUGAAUCUUGGGCAUGAUGUGCUGUCUGCCCUUGGACAUCUGUGUUGUCAGAGGAGGCUUUGGAAAUCCCAGACAUGGUGUGUACAUGUGCGCUGGGUCCAACACCCCCAGCCAUCCGGCCUGGCCCAUCUGACGGCUUCUGCAGGCACAUGGAAUAUGCACGGGACUCCCGGCCUGAUGUCACACACAAACAUCCCCAUGUUCCACCCACUCAGGAUGUGGAGGAGGAAGCAGAGGAGACCAGGCCUGGGAACUGUGACAUUUGGUGGUGCCACAGUGCGGGAAGCCUCCCUGCCUCUGCUCCAUCCAGCAGUUUUGUGCUGAGCGCCAUCUGAUGCCCUUUGUGCCCAUGUUCCUCCCGAGCUCUCUGCAGAAGUGUUUCUCCAGCCCCACAGGACGUGCCAGACCCCUGGAGCGCUGGGAAAGGGGCAAGUGCAGCCCUGGGGGGGUUUGCAUGAGGGUUCUGGUGCAAGACAUCACGUGUUGGGUGCUCAGCCCCCCGUGCCUGGGGGUGCAGGACCCUCAACUAGCCCAGCCAGCCGGGCAGACAGCAAAAUACCAAAGGUGCCCCUGGGGCAGGCCAUGGGGCAGGCGAGCCAACUGCCCUCAGGCAGCCAAGCACAAGUGACAUGGCGUGGUCAGAGCUGCGUGCCAUGGGACAGAAUGGUGGCCCCAGGGCUCCCCAGGCUGCCAGAGCCCAUGGCAGAGCUUGGUGCAGGGCCCCGAGCUGUGUACCCAUGGCCCUGUGCCUCAGUUUCCCCUUUUUCCAGGAGCUGAAGGAGGAUCUGGCCAGCCAGUCCUGCCCUGGGAGGCAAGGGGGGGCAGGAGGCAGCUCUGUUGGCUCCGAUGUUGCAGCAUCCCUACGUUUGGUCCCUCCCAACUCCCAGGACUUUGGCAGGAGGUCCCAGAGAGAUCCCAGAGGAUUGUACUCAGCCUGAGCUUCCAGCACCAGGGCCCAGACGCAGCCGUAACCACCCACUGGGCCAUGGAGACCCCCAGGGGACUGUGGAGUCCAGGGGCUCGGAGGAGGGAACCCAACUACCUGGCUAAGGACGGUGACACAAGUGCUGUGCCUGGCGCCAUUCACAGCUGCCUGGAUGGGUUUGCCUGGAGCCAGGGACACAGAGACAUCCUGGGGGAUGCUGCUGCCUCUCUUUGCGGAUCCUGGGGAGUCCCCAGUUAAGCCACAUUCCCUG